AUGACGUUCGUUGGAUCCAAGAUGGAUUUCUCAGUUGGUAUCAGAACAACCAGCAGUAAAUACGAAGUCAAUAUAUCGACAUAUGCGUGCACUUGUUUCUUCAUGCGCACAAUGCUACUUCCUUGUCGCCACACGAUAUUUGCAAGAUUCUUUAUGAAGAAGAAGAAGUUGAUUCCGAUCAACUAUAUUAACCCGCGGUGGCUGUUGGGAUCAGACGCCAACCGACCUGAAGAUGAUGAGUCAAAUGACGACAUGUCGUGCCCUGGAUUUUGCAUCCAGAAUUCAAACAUGAAUCAACAGAACACGCAGUUCUAA